AUGGCCUCCCACCUCUUCCUUCUCUCUCUGUCUCUUUCCUCUCUUCUUGUGUACUCGGCCAUUGCCAGCGAUGCCCCAAACGACUCUGCUCUCAUCUUCAUUAAAACAGCUUGCGAGACCACCCUGUACCCUGACCUCUGCCUCUCCAGCCUCUCUGGUCAAGUUGAGUACGUGACAUACAGUCACAAGAAACUUGCACGAGCCGCCUUGAUGGUGAGCCUCUCCGCCACUAAAGCUACUGCAGGCUUCGUCGCGGAGUUGAUCAAGACAGCAAAGGUCAGUGAAGAGGAGCAGAUGGCCUUGAAUGACUGCGUGGAAGCGCUGGAAGAUGGAGAGGACAAGAUGAAUGACUCCAUGAAAGAAUUGCAGAGGAUCAAGACUGAGAGCUUCAAGUGGCAGAUGAGCAACGUGCAGACGUGGAUUAGCGCCGCCCUCACAGAUGAAAACGCAUGCUCCGAUGGAUUUGAGGAGCUCGAUGGCGAGGUUAAGGAUGUUAUUGCAGGAAAGAUUGGGGACCUCGCCCAGCUUACGAGCAAUGCUCUUUCUCUUGUCAACCAUUUCUCCACCGCUACAGUUGGAGGAGAGCAACACUGAUCUCUCAUGAAGGUCUCUGCAUUUAUAUGUUAUUACUACUAUAUUUUUUGGAUAGAGUAGUUGGGAUUUGAAUCUGGGACAUUAUGUUGCAGCCGCUGCAACAACUUAAUUGCCAUAAUUAGAGAUUCGAACCUGUCAAUAUUACGAUCUAUUGCUGAAUUUGAUUGUGAACGGUAUGUUUUCACGGCUAAAGAUUGUUUGUUUCUGCAUUCGCUAUUUUUUUUUUAUUCAAGGAGGUUAGUGGGAUUCAAAUGGAACAAUGGUCGUUUCUCGAAAUCCCCAGCACCAAGAGUGAUUGUGAUAUUAUUGUACCAAGUGAUUUUCUUUGGUUUUAUUUUGAUAUGCUUUUGUAAGAUCUUGCAUAUUUUUGAAACAUCAAAGCGAUGUUUUACUUAUGAGAAAAUUAUGUAUAAGAAAAUUACUUAUGAGCAA